UGAGGGAGCUACUGGGACUUUCAGCGUCUCAUUUGGAAUUCCCUCAGAAGAGGAAACACUAGCAGAGCAGCAAGGCUCAGAAUCUGAGGGGGAUCAAGAUAAACCCAACAAACACCGGGCAAAGCACGCUAGGCUCAGGCGUAGCGAGAGUCUGUCGGAGAAGCAGGUGAAGGAGGCCAAGUCCAAAUGUAAACGUAUCGCUCUUCUUCUCAGUGCUGCUCCACCCAACCCCAACAACAAGGGGGUGUUGAUGUUCAAGAAACAUCGGCAAAGGGCCAAGAAAUACACACUUGUUAGCUACGGCACAGGAGAGGACGAACCAGAGUUCAGUGACGAAGAGGACGAGGAGAACCAAGAGGACGGACAAGGAACCCAUGCUGUUGAAUUUACCCUUGUGGCUCCAAACGACUCUGAAGUAGAUAAGCAUUUCCUCACAAAUGCCCAUAGCAGCAAAGGUGUGCUAACCAUCAACUGGGACAAGGGUCUCCUUGAGAUUGAGCGGAACCUGAACAACAAAGCAGAGAUGGAAUGUUUACCUGAUACCAAAGGAAAGGGUGCCCUAAUGUUUGCUCAGCGGCGCCUAAGGAUGGAUGAGAUCACUGCUGAACAUGAAGAGCUUAGACGCCAGGGGAUUCCUGUGGAGGCAAUUCAGGAAGCUGAAAAGAAAGUGGAACACUCGUACAUGCAGUCCACAACAGAGGAUCAAGCAUACAUGGAUGUGAAUAUACACCAACAAAGCCAACACCAACAACAGUACCAGCAAUAUCAAGAACAGCAGUACUAUGAGCAACAACAGCACUACCAACAGCAGCAGCAAUACCAACAACAGUAUCAGCAGCAGCAAUAUGAAGAACAGCAUUAUCAACAACAGCAAAUGUAUCAACAACAACAACAACAACAACAACAACAACAAGAAUAUCAUCAAGAGCAACAGCAAAUUCAGUCGUAUUCUGCAAACAUCAAUGGCACAGUCCAUCAUCAAACCAGUGAAUUACAGAGUUCUUCCAACAAUCGUACUGCAAAGCCUUUUUCAGUACAAAAUAUGGUGGUUACCCCUUAUUCUCCCGCAAUAAGUGGGACCAAUCAAGAUUCUAUGGGCCAAGGAGAGCAGAUAGCUUCCCGUGAUGAGCGCAUUUCUACCCCUGCAAGUAAGACAGGCUUUUUGCAGGAUGCAAGAAGAAGAAAUGUUGGCAAACCUAUGUUCACAUUUAAGGAAGCACCAAAAAUAUCACCUAACCCAGAGUUGCUGAACCUCCUCAACAGGAGUGAUAAGAAACUGGGUUUUGAGUCAGGACCUGAGGAAGACUAUCUUAGCCUUGGGGCUGAGGCUUGUAAUUUCCUCCAGCCUCAACGUGUUAAACACAAGACUCCUCCACCAGUGGCUCCAAAGCCUAUGAUCAAUCCCAACUCUCCUCCUUGGUCCCCACAGGGAGAAAUGACCAACCAGGACAUGCCUCAGCAGGCUGAAAAUAGUGUAUCCACACCUGCUGUAGCCCCCACCGCAGAAAAUACCCCUGCUCCAGAACUAGAGCCAACCCCUGCACCUGCCACUGAGCCCUCUCCCCCUGCUGCCCUGCAGGAAGCUCCUGCCAGCACCACUACAGAGGAACCGCACACAUGGACUGUCCCAGAGCCUGAAUCCCAUCAGCAGCAAGUGACACCUCAGGAAGAAAAUGGUCACAUACAUUCUAACCCACAACCUGAGAGUGCUCCUGUGACUUCCUGGGCUCCAGCACAAACACAAGCACAACAACAGCCAUCCACCGUUUCUUGGCAUCCAGCUCAAGUGCAGCCUCAGGAGCCACAUCCAAGUCAGUCCCCACCGCAGCCAGCAAAGGUUGCACAUCAGCCUUCUCAUACCCAAGUCCAGCCUCAGCCCCCGACAAAUACUUGGACUCCUCAAAUUCAGACAUCCUGGAAUCAGCCUCAAGAGCAAGCACAAGCCCAGACACAUGGUCAACCACCCUGGGCCCAGCCACGAGAGCAAUCCCAAGCCCAGACACAUGUUCAACCACCCUGGGCCCAGCCACGAGAGCAAUUACAGCCUCAGCCACAGGUUCAGCAACCCUGGAUGCAGUCUCAUGAACAGCCACACGUACAGCAAAUGCAACCAACCUGGGGUCAACCUCAACAACCAAUGGAGCAGCAACCCCAGGCCCCAUGGGCACAGCCAUCACAACCAGACACUCAACAUCAACCACCAUGGGUGCAACAACCACAGCAAAAAUCCCAAGUGCAACCUCCUUGGGCUCAACAAGUUCAGCCAGAAACCCAGCCACAACCACCAUGGGUUCAGCCAACACAGCAUCAGGCUCCACAACAGGCAUGGUCACAGGCCCAUGCACCAGGUCAGGUUCAACCACCGUGGGUCUCGGCUCCGCCUCAGUCUCAGUCUCAGCCUCAGCCACCAAUUAAUGCAUGGCCUUCAUCACAAACUCAAGUUCAACCUCAGCCUCCUUGGAUCCAAGCAGCCCAAGCACAACCUCCAACACACCCUGCAGCCAAUUUAAAUCCAUGGGCACCAGUACCUGCCCAGGCUCAGUCUCAACCAUCAUGGGCCCAACAUCCUCCAGAACAUGGACAGCCGCCCAUGAAUUCCUGGGGACCAGAGCAAAAUCAGGCCCAACAUCAAACACCAUGGGCUCAAUCAGUUCCUCCGCAGCCCGCACCACAACAAAACUGGCAACAGCCGAUUUCAAAAACUCCACCACAGUCACCAAUGAAUACCUGGCCUCAAGCUCAGACACAUCCUCAGACACCUGCAAAUGCUUGGGCACCACAGUCACAGCAAACACCUGUGAAUGUUGCAACAUCAAUGGUAAACACCCAACCCUCUCCAAAACCUUGGCAUCCACCUCAAAACACACCACAAAACCAGAGCCCACCACCUCCACCACAGCGAGUCAAUUCUUUUACAAUUGGCCAAAGAGAUUCAUCACCUAUCAACCCCAUGGCCACUGUCUUUAACCCAUCGCCCGGUUCAGCUUUUGAGAUGCCAGCAGUCAGAGGAAAAGGAGCAGAUAUGUUUGCCAAGAGGCAGUCUCGUAUGGAGAAGUUUGUUGUGGACUCUGAGACUGUGGAAGCAAACAAGGCAAGCCGACCAGAAUCCCCAACUGCCUCCUUACCAAAUGAGUGGAAAUAUACUCCCAAUGUACGUGCUCCACCUUCACGGGCUUAUAAUCCUAUUCAGUCCCCUUCUUAUCCCCCAGCAGCAACAAAACAGCCCCCUCCAGGUAGUCCUUCAAGCAAAGCCAAGAAAAAAGGCAAAGAUAAACAAAAGCCUGCCCCCAAACCCCUCAGUGUUAUAGAUGUCAUGAAGCAUCAACCCUAUCAGCUCAAUUCUUCACUAUUUACCUUUGGCCCAGCAGCAGAGGCUGCCAAGCCCCCUGUACCUAAACCUGACUGUCCACCUCCUAACCCACCUAUUGAAAACCAACCAAUUCAAUAUGAGCAAAUGACCCCCAUCCAGCCAGCCGGACCAUAUAAUGCCCCAUAUCCCCAGCAGGCCUACGGGAUGCCCAUGCAACCUAUGGUGCAUGAUGGCCAGUACCAGCAAACUCCAGCUAAUGUUUAUCCUCCCUCCAAUCCUUAUCAGCAACCUCCUGGUGGUCCAUACCAGCAAGCAUAUAACCAACAGUAUCAACAACCUGUCCCACCUGCUUACCAACCCCAAGCGCCUCAGUCUCCAAACGCUCCCUACCAGUUACCCCAGGUCCCCUACCAACCAGCCAAUAGUCCCCCCUACCUGGCAGCUCCCUCAGUACCUUACCAGCAGCAGCCUCCCAGUAGCUAUGUUGCUCCUAGUUUCCCUGUAGCUGCAAGGCCUGAAUGUGCAUCAGGUGGCAACACUGUAGCUGUAGCUGCUCCAAAACCUAAGUUUACUGCUAAAAAGAGCUCAGCUCAGGUAUGGAAGCCUACGGCAGUUGAGGAAGAGUAAUUCUGGUAGGAUCACAACGUGCUUUGUUGUCUGCUUGAAUCCCAUCAAGGUUUGAUGCUCUCUAGUCCACUGUCAAGUGGAAUAUUUUGAGCACACAAACUUACCUUUACACUCACUAUCUUCUCCAUCAUCUGCUCUUGUUAAUAUAAUAGGGCAGAGCUUGAUGAUUUCAAAGUUUUGAGAGAUAAUGUUAAGGGGCAUCACAAAUACAUUAAGUAUAUGAGAGUAAGAACAUCCACAAAUGGUCUCGUUCAUUAAGCAUGUACAUUUUAUUAUGUUUGUAGAAAUUGGUGCAUAUGGAUAUUUUGAAAAUCUCUAUAAAUUAAUAUUAUUUUAUGUAAUAGAAUCUAAAGUGGGGGCAAAAUAAGAAUGUCGGGAAGUAUGAUGUAUAGUACUUGAAAGAAUAUAUGAAAGAAAAUGAUGGGGGAAAAAAGUGGAUGAUACUGGACUGUGACGACAAAAGGUUGACUUUUGAAAUGGAAAGUUGAAAAUUGACAAUUGGAAAUGUACUUAUGUGAUAAAUGGGAAGGCUAAAAUACAAUACAACAAAGCUGAGUGCAAUCACAAAGUUGAAAUAAAGUAGUGAGGGAAAAGGGUGGGGUUAGUGGGGUGUAAAGACACCAAGCAGAAGCAGAGGGUUAAAUGUGCAAUGUCCAAGAUGUCACAUGGAGAUUACAAGAGAUUACAACUCUGUGGAGUUUCAGUGGCAGGGGGAUACAGCAAUACUCCUUACAAAAAGUGACAACUAACACUGGCUUGCUCAACUUUGGAUUAGUAAGCACAAUAUUCUUUAGUGCCAUAGCACCAACUUAAGUGGGGUAGUUAUAUUUUAAGUCUUUUGCCAGCUGUUGCAUCAUGUUAGGCACUAUAUUUAACUGCCUCCUGAGGGGGAGUGCUGAGGUCCAGAGAUAGUAGGCUUAAAUUUCAACUUAAGCCAGUGAAAGCUACUGUCUCUCAGACACUUAUAAAAAAUGUUUUUCUGAUAACAGAAAAUAUAGUGUAGCUUUACUCUUCCAUGCAUCUUCUGCAGGUUUUGUUUUAUAUGAAUAGAUGAUUAAUGUUACACCAAAAAAAUAAUUACUGAAAGGAUAACCAGCCCGGUAAUGUUCACAAAUAUAUUUUUAGUACAGGGCUGCUUUUGUUCUUCAUGUUCUUUUCUUUUUCCUUUUCCUUUGUGUGUUUCUCUUCAUAGUGCACUUUCUGUAUGAUUCACUGCAGUGCCAUUAAAAUGUCUUUUAUCCUUG